GUGGCUCACUCUUACAUGUGUGACUCUUGACCUCAGAUCAGGUCUGACGUCAGGGUUGGCGUUUGAGCCCCGCUUUGGGACCCAUGCUGGGUGUGGAGUCUACUUUCAAAAGGAAAGUUCCCUAUGUAGUAGUAAUUAAAGAGUGUCUAAAGGAAAGUGAAAGCAAAACUGUCACCAUUGGUAUAAAUGUCCGUGCACACGCAGGAGAACGGCAGACUCCACCAUGGCUGAGUUUUUUGAAGAACCCCAACCUGGAGACCUGAUUCAGAUUUUCCGCAUUGGCUAUGAGCACUGGGCCAUCUAUGUGGGAGACGGUUAUGUGAUCCAUCUGACUUCUCCAGGUGAGUUCCCGUGGGCUAGUUCCAGCAGCGUGUUCUGUGCUCUGAGCAACAGAGGAGUAGUAAAACGGGAGCUCCUGCGGGACGUGGUGGCGGGCUGCCGCUAUAAGGUCAACAACCUUUUGGACAACAAGUAUAGACCACAACCUGUGAACCAGAUCAUUUACUGUGCGAAGCAGAAGGUUGGUCAGGAGAUGAAAUACAGUCUUCUGCACGGGAACUGUGAGCACUUUGUCACUAGCCUGAGAUAUGGUAAGCCGGAGAGCAGGCAGGUCCGGGAUGCCAUUGUGGUGACUCACAUCGGAGUAGCCGGCUUGGCAGCCAUGAGCCUCAUUGGAGUCAUGUUCUCAAGAAACAGGCGGCAGCAGCAAUGAGUUGAACGGCCCGUCCCGUCAGCAGUGACUUUGUCCAUUUAGGGGAUCUCGUUGCCCCAGAGGUUUUGAGGUUUGGUCUGUGGAUUUCAUUCUGUUUGACAAUAAGGCUUAUUUUUACAGAGUAAAAUAAAACCCAACAAGGGAGCACUUUACUGGAGGAGACGCAGCAA